CUCCACCUUCAAGACAUCUUCCUUAUAAAAAAGGAAAGCUUCAGCCGUGUUCAUUCCACUUUACAACCUGAACCUGAGCUGAGCUGCUCCUGAAAACUACAACGCUUCUGUUCAAGUGACUCUUUCAAGAACUCAUCAUGGUGUCAAUGGGACGACAGAUGCUGGGCUUUGCCCUGGCCGUAAUCGGCUUCCUGGGGACCAUUAUUGUCUGCGCUCUGCCCAUGUGGAAGGUCACAGCCUUCAUAGGAGCCAACAUUGUGACGGCGCAGGUGAUCUGGGAAGGCUUGUGGAUGAACUGUGUGACGCAGAGUACCGGUCAGAUGCAGUGCAAGAUCUACGAUUCCCUGCUGGCCCUACCCCAGGACCUUCAGGCUGCCAGAGCUCUCGUGGUCAUCGCCAUCAUCGUCUCUGCCUUUGGAGUCAUCCUGGGCGUUAUUGGAGGCAAAUGCACCAACUUUGUUGAGGAUGAAACUUCCAAAGCCAAGGUGGCCAUUGCUUCUGGGAUCAUCUUCAUCUGUGCCGGUGUCCUCAUCCUCGUUCCCGUCUGCUGGUCUGCCAACACCAUCAUCAGGGAUUUCUACAACCCCAUCAUGACCAACGCACAGAGGAGAGAGCUGGGGGCUGCGCUCUACAUCGGCUGGGGCACAGCUGGGCUUCUCAUCCUCGGCGGUGCCCUCCUCUGCAGCUCCUGCCCAUCCAAAGAUGCCCCGGAAUAUCCCAUCAAGUACUCCGGUGCCAGGUCAGCAGCCACCAGCCGGGCCUACGUUUGAGAGUAGCGUUCUCCUGAAAAAGACUUCUAAUUAUUUAACUUUUUUGAGUAAUCCUCCUUCGUUGUGAGUUUCCGAUAGCACCAAAACUUGUGUCUUACUUUUUUUAAGCGACACAGUGGGAACUGACUUUCUGAGAAAUUCAGAUUUCUUUGGUGGAGGCAAGAGUGUUUUUUAAAGAACGAGGAACACUGUGCAAAGAUGAGGCGUGAAACUAUUUCUGUGGAAAGAAGAUCUUCCAACAGCAUGAUGACUGGACUGAAUGAAAGCUAUUCUAUAUAUAACUUGUAUCAAACCAUAUUUUCUCUGAAUGUAUCCAAGCUGUGCUAGAAUGAUGUCAACACAAGCUGGGAACGUUGUACAGUACCCUACAUAUUUUGUGAAUUUACCGUAUAAAAUAUUUUACAUAGAUGAUUGUCAAGACUGUUUUUGUUUACUAAAAUCACAGAUUUUUAAUAAAAGGUUUGCUUAAAUGA